AUGCAGCACCACAAGCCACACGCAAAUGUUUCAAACGCGAGGAAAACAAGAAAUCUCCAAACCCAACAAAGAUGGGGUAACCGAACGACGAGCAAGACCCGCUCGCAGCUAAAACCCUAGCUUAGCGGCGCGGGCACGGAUGCCCCUCGCUCUCCUCCUCUCCCGCAUUCGCCUCUCGCCGGCCGCCAUGCGCACCACCCGCUCCGCCGCCUCCGCCAGGCUAGUCCGCGCCGACCUCAACCCAGUUGUACGAGAAGUGAAACGUGAAUCCAGUAUUUCAUUUGACAUUUCCAAGCCUGAAUCACCUUCUGUUAAGAGGAAAAGGGUAAAGCAAGAGCUUGAAGAAAAUGGGGAGCAUCCUAAGAAGCAGGCUGGUAUUGUACCUGACAUUGAGGAUUUUCGAUACGACAAGACCAAAGCAUCGACAUCAUCAAUCAAGGUGGAGAAAAAGGUCAGAGUUUCUUCAGUUAUAAAAGUUGGAGCUCCAGAAAAUUGGGAGGCAGUUCUUGGGGGUAUUAAAAACAUGAGGUUAUCUGGCCAAGCCCCCGUAGAUACGAAGGGCUGUGAAAAAGCUGGUUCUCUCCUUCCACCCAAGGAAAGAAGAUUUGCAGUUCUGAUAUCAACUAUGAUGUCAAGCCAAACAAAAGAUGAAGUUACGCAUGCUGCUGUGGAACGUCUCUCUGAAAAUGGUUUACUUGAUCCUGAUGCUAUAGUCAGGACUGAUGAGGCCACGCUUGCAAACCUUAUCAAACCUGUUGGAUUCUAUCAGAGAAAGGCUCAGUUCAUAAAAGAAGCUUCUAAAAUUUGCCUUGAGCGUUUUGGAGGGGAUAUUCCAGAUUCUCUGAAUGACCUGCUUGCUUUGAGAGGAGUUGGCCCUAAAAUGGCUCAUUUGGUGAUGAGCAUUGCUUGGAAGAAUACUCAAGGAAUUUGUGUUGACACUCAUGUGCAUCGCAUUUCUAACCGUCUGGGGUGGGUUUUCCGAGAAGGAACAAAACAGAAAACUACAACACCGGAACAGACAAGAAUCUCUCUAGAGAAGUGGCUACCCAAGGAUGAGUGGGAACCCAUAAACCCAUUACUGGUUGGAUUUGGACAGACUAUCUGCACUCCACUGAGGCCCAAAUGUGACAUGUGUGGCAUCAAUAACCUUUGCCCUUCAGCUUUUAAGGAAUCAUCUAGUCCAAAUCCAAAGCAAAAGAAAACAAGGUCUCCAUAGAACUUUGUUGAUGACUGAUCUGGCACCGAAGGUAGAUAAUGCUUUUGGGUUGUCCUUUGGUGGUAGAUAUUAUUGGGCAUUCUUUUGGUUGAUCUAUUGACGUGUGAUCACCUUGGUGCGAGUACCAUUGGCAAACCAUGUAUCAUUUUGUAUAGCUGUAAUAUGUUCAAGAUGAUGGUUAGACUUAUCGUUCCUAUCAGUUACUCUAACGGCCUGUUUGGAAGGCAGGUUGUCGGUCCAAACAGACCUGAUGAAGACUUGCACAUGCCUGAACUGAAAAUUCUGCCCGUAUGGGUGGUAAACCCAAUUACAUGUUAAUGUUAAGCCUGUA